GAAUCAGAAACCCUAAUUCCCAAAUUCCAGAAACCCUAACCCUAAUUUUCUCCCUUUCCUCAGCCUCUGAACGCAGCCUCCACCCUCCUUUCUUCCUAACCACCACACACACACACAAAAGAAGAAAGAAACGCAGAGAGAAAGAGCACGAAGAGCAGAGAAAAGAGAGAGGGAAGAGCUGCUGCCCCGCUGCCACUGUGACCGUCGCACUGCCACCGUUCAACUCCGCUCGCGCUGCCGCAUGUUCCGUCACCAUCAGAGUCAUCGUCACUAUCGUCGUCAUCCUCGUGAGCUGCAGUGUCGCUGUUCAACCUCGUCCCGCCGUGCCUCCAUGGUCGCCGUUGCUGCGAGCUCGCCACCGCCGAGGAGAAGCUGCCAUCGCGUCUUGUCCCGCCGUCACCGUCGUUGCCCUGGAGCUCGCCCACCAUCGUCAUUGAGGGCCAGCAGAGAGAGAGAACGAACGUGGGUCAGGGUCGUCACCAAGAAGAGGAGCUGCGCUCCACGCCACCGUCGCCACCAGUUUACGACCACCACUGCGAAGGUUCCGCCGCCGUCGUUCCAGUGCCGCCAUUCAUGCCCUCUGUUUCCUUCGUCGUUCUGUCCAGCAUCACCAGCACUGAAGUCAGCUUCUACCACCAUCAGGCCUGAAGGGAAGCGCCACUGCUAUUGCCUGACAGUAGCUUCCUCUGCGUUCCCAAUUCCAUUCUUGAAACUUGUUAUCGUCCUUAUCCGGAACCACUGAUGUCACCGCUAUAGAAGUGAUUGGGAUAGGCACGAUUGUCAUUGUUGUUGCUGCCCCAUAAGAAGUGAGGCUACUACUGCUGUUCCGGCCACAUUGGCUGUUGUAAACUGGGAAAAAGAAGGGGAUCGUUGCAUUUAAAUUCGACGGUUUCGAUUAAUUAAGGUAGGAGAUUUAACGUUUUUAAUUUAGAAUGUCCACCAAGUUAUUUGAAUAAGUGCAAAUGGUUAACAAUGGUUUAGAAUUUCUUAAUUGUCAUGAAUGACCUGAAAUGCAUUUGAAAUUUGUUAGUUGUUGUGAAUAUUUUGAGCUGUGACUGGAAUUAAAUGUAGCUGUGAUUGGUGAUUCAUUUGAUAAUACUUGUUAAAUUUUGAUUUGAUGAGUUAACUAUUGAAAAGUUGUCGUAAUGAUAAUUGAUGAACUGAGUUAGAUUUGUGUUUGGUUUUGGGUUAUUGUGAUGAUGGUAGAGGUUGUGAAAUUUGGAGUAAGUUUGAUGAUGUGUUAGUGCUUCAAUUGGAUUAUUGAAUUCAGGUUAAGGCUGUGAAUGUCUUUGCGCUUUGUUGUGAGUGUUUGAAGUUGUAAUUGAUAUUGUGUUCUCUGAUAUGGAUGUAAUUGUUGAAAACUUCUGACUCUAUGUGAUUAUACUGAAUUAAUUGA